AUGACUACCCAUUGCAGCCGUAUGGCAAAACGAACUGGAUACGCUGGUAUAUCGCUGCGAAGCCCAUGUUUGCGCAGGUAUUCAAGCAGUUGUAGCCAGGCGGUGCCAAAGGAGCCAACAUUUCGGCCGUUUUCGGUCGAUGUGCCACCUCAGGCUUCGCGCGAACCCCCAGCGCCAUCUUCUCGUCUGAACUCGCUAAAGGAUGCAAGGCCAUUCUCCUCCUUCUUGACAGAUACCUUUAGCCGGCAGCACGAUUACCUUCGGAUCAGCAUCACCGAGCGCUGUAACCUACGGUGUCUCUAUUGCAUGCCAGAAGAAGGCGUUCCUCUCUCUCCGCCAGAACAUCUGCUUACUACACCAGAAAUCGUAUAUCUUUCGACCUUGUUUGUAUCACAGGGAGUGACAAAGAUACGGCUGACGGGUGGGGAGCCUACUGUGCGCAAAGAUAUACUACCGAUGAUGCAGGAAAUCGGCAAGUUACGCCGUGAUGGGCUGAGAGAAUUAUGUCUGACGACAAACGGAAUAUCGCUCCACCGUAAGCUCGAUAGUAUGGCUGAAGCAGGGCUAACUGGAGUCAACUUGAGCCUCGAUACCCUUGAUCCUUUCCAGUUUCAGAUCAUGACAAGACGGAAGGGAUUCGAAGCUGUGAUGAAAAGUAUCGAAAGGAUAUUGGAGCUAAACGAGCGUCAUGCUGCCGGUAUCAAGCUCAAGAUAAACUGUGUGGUCAUGCGGGGAAUGAAUGACCAGGAGAUACUCCCUUUUGUCGAAAUGGGCCGUGAUAAAGCGCUUGAGGUACGGUUUAUUGAAUAUAUGCCGUUCGACGGGAAUAAAUGGAGUAAAGGGAAGAUGUUCUCUUACCAGGAGAUGCUUGAUGUUAUUAAAGCAAAGUAUCCGGGUUUUGAGAAAGUGCCUGAUCACAAGAACGAUACCAGCAAGACAUAUCGAGUCCCAGGCUUCAAAGGGAAAGUCGGUUUCAUUACCAGCAUGACACAUAAUUUCUGCGGGACAUGCAACCGUCUCCGGAUCACCAGUGACGGGAACCUAAAGGUGUGCCUUUUUGGCAACACAGAAGUAUCUCUAAGAGACAUGAUCCGGCAAGGAAACAACAACCAGCCGAUCUCUGAGGAUGCCUUGCAGUCAUUGAAUCUCCUUGAGUCGGCUAGACAGGCUGCCCGAGCGGAGGACGAAGGCUAUCCAGUGAAUGAGCGGGAAAGAGAACUUUUAAAUAUUAUUGGCGCCGCUGUCAAGCGUAAGAAGGCAAAACACGCCGGGAUUGGUAUCUUGGAGAACAUGAAGAACCGUCCCAUGAUACUGAUCGGUGGGUAG